CCAGGCGGGUCUCUAGCUGGAGAUCUCAGCAUAUGUAGGUACACUCUGCUUACGUCGCAGUGCGAUAGGGACAGUUCCGAGUUCCAUGCUUGAUGCCUCGUCCAGGACACGAAGAGACAGAGCCGUACCGGCGACGGGUUUGUCGUGAAUGACAGGCGGCUGAUUCCGUGGCCUCGAAUCAGACGCCGAUCAGGAGUUGCAGGACGCGCAACCACAGCCAGAGCCACGAGAGCCUCUCCCUUCACUAACAAUAGGGGCGGACUGGCCCUCGCUCGGAGACCCACGGGCCCAUGUUCCAUGGAGCCCCCAGUGCGCGUUCUAAUCUUUCUGAUUGGGGUGGAAGCGACAGAACGUUGCUGGGAUAUGGCGCAAUGACAGGGGAUGCAAGGCUUGGGCCAAGCAAGGACUCAAGGCUUAGCUGGAAGCGAUUGCCAUUGAUUGUCCUUGACAAACAUCGUCCUGUCCUCUUCGUCGGUAGAGAAUACGGAACAACUAGUGAAGCAUCAGCAGCCCGUCUCCAGGACAGCGGUAGCGAUGGCGGCAGUAGAGUCGGCGAUGACAUUUUCAUGUCCACAACAGUAACGGCCCUGUUGAUUGUUUACAACGUGGAGCUGCAACGGAUUGGUUCCCAAGGCCAUCGAUAGUACUGUAUGUAUGUCAGGUCAGCGGAGACUUGCCAAAAUCCAAAUUGCUCAGCCAAU